CUAACUCCAUUGCCUCCUUCUCUCCUUAUUCAAUCCCAAGUAUUUUUCUCGAAAUAAAUCUAAUAUUUGCCAACACUCCUUAAACUCACUUGAAAAAUUUUGACAAAGCCAAAAUCCUCCUCGUAUGGCCUUUCAUGUAGCUUGCCCAAUUACCUGUCGGAAGAUUUGCUACUGCCCGCUUGGGUUUGCGAGGGGGUUGCAGGGCGACAAGGGGAAAAAUGAGUUCUUGGAGGAGGUGGGUAAGCUUGAGGAGUUUCUCAAGGACCCUUGGCUGCUUAGGGCUAGGGAGAAUGCCACAAUUCAGGUAAAGGUUCCCAAAGUCGUGGUUGCUCCUCCCCCUCCUCAGUCGCUAGCUGUCGGUGGUGAUGCUGGCACGGAUGCGGAGGAGGCGGCGGCGAUGUUGUCGGCGCAGACCAAGCGGGCCGCGUUGCAGAAGAAGGCCGCGGCUGCGUCCUUGGUGGCUGAGGAUUAUGCUAGGCGUUUUGAGUCUGGGAAUUUAGUGGAGCCUGUGAAAGAUACUGCUGGAGAAGAACUUACUCAAUCAAAUGCCAAAAUAAUGUGUAGACUAUGCUUUCGCGGUGAAAAUGAUGGAAGUGAAAAGGCAAAGAAAAUGUUGUCAUGCAAAACUUGUGGCAAGAAGUAUCACCGCAGCUGCUUGAGAACUUGGGCUCAACAUAGAGAUCUUUUUCAUUGGAGUUCCUGGACAUGCCCAUCGUGCCGGAUUUGUGAGGCCUGUCGGCGAUCUGGAGAUCCAAAUAAGUUCAUGUUCUGCAAAAGAUGUGAUGCAGCAUACCAUUGCUACUGUAUGCACCCUCCACACAAGAAUGUUAGCAGUGGACCUUAUUUGUGCCCAAAGCACACAAGGUGUCACAGUUGUAAUUCUUCUGUUCCAGGGAAUGGUCUAAGUGUAAGAUGGUUUCUGGGGUACACUUGUUGUGAUGCUUGUGGAAGAUUGUUUGUGAAGGGCAACUAUUGCCCUGUUUGUUUGAAGGUUUAUAGAGAUUCUGAAUCAACACCUAUGGUUUGUUGUGAUAUUUGUCAGCGCUGGGUGCACUGCCAAUGUGAUGGCAUUAGUGAUGAGAAAUAUUUGCAGUUUCAAGUAGAUGGAAAUCUCCAGUAUGCAUGUCCAACUUGUCGUGGGGACUGUUAUCAGGUUAGGAAUCUCGAGGAAGCUGUCCAGGAGCUUUGGAGGAGGAAAGACGAAGCUGACAAGGAUUUGAUCGCAAGUUUGAGGGCAGCUGCUGGAUUGCCCACUCAGGAAGAAAUAUUUUCGAUUUCACCUUUCUCUGAUGACGAGGACAGUCCUGUGAUAUCAAAGAACGAAUAUGGCCGUUCUUUGAAGUUCUCUCUCAAAGGUCUAGCUGAAAAAUCCCCCAAGAAGAGCAAGGAAUAUGGGAAGAAAUCUUCGAACAAGAAGUACAGUAAGAAUAAAGGGCACCAGAUAUCUUCAACUGGUAAAGUAGAAGCACAUCUGGGCUUCGAAGGGCAUACCGAUGGUCCAUCCGGUGAUAUUAUAACAAACGAAGAAACGAGGGCUUGCAGAAGUGGAGAGCGUGAUUGUUUUUCUCCCGCUAUUGCUGGUAGCUUGACGGAGGGGAUAUGUUCAGUUAAUGAGGCGGGGGUUAUAAAACACAAAUUUAUCGACGAGGUUACUGCUAACAAUGGGAACAGGGCACCUAGAAUGGUCCAAAUAAAAGGCAACAAGCAUCACAGUACAAGUGAUGAAGACGUUGGAACUCAUACAACGUCUAAGACCACUAAAGGAACAAAGCUUGUUAUACAUUUGGGUACAUGGAAUAAAAAUCUAACCGGUUCUCCUAAGUCUGAGGCUUCAAGCUGUCAAAGAGAACAAAACUUGACUACUUCAAAUGGUAGUGAGGAUUUGGGUCAACAGAAACUGAACGAGUACACGGAAAGGAAGGAAAUUGUAGCCACCGGGGGAAAAGGACAUAGAGCAGAUCAAACGCAAGGACAAAAAGUUAGGGGAAAAGAGGGUCACUUAAUAAAGAUCAAGAAACCUAGUCCAGAAACUGGAAACGGGUCAUCUGCUUCCCCACUGAAUGCAUCUAUAGUUGCGGGAAAAAGAAGCAACGAGGGUAGCGUGGCUGCUCCGAGGACUGUGAUCCAGGUUCCCGGUAGUAGAGGCAACAAAGUGUCUUCAGCGAGACAUGCCGGAGGCGAACCUGGUGUCACCGAUGAUUCGCGUGCUGAUGACAGAAAUAGCACGCCUCCAACUCAUCCCGUGCAAAAGGACCCUAAACCACUGUUAAAACUUAAAUUCAAGAAUCCCUAUCCGGAUGGUCAUAAUGCGUGGGCUUCUACAGAAGACGAGAAGGGUGUGAUCAAGGGUCAAAGGUCAAAACGAAAGAGACCAUCACCCUUUGGGGAGAAAUCCUCAGCUACUGCUGAUCCGAGGUGGUACGAAGACAAUUCGAUGGAUGAGAUGAUGGAUGCUAAUUGGAUACUGCAGAAGUUGGGAAAAGAUGCAAUAGGAAAGCGAGUGGAAGUUCAUCAGCAAUCUGUUAAUACCUGGCACAAAGGAAAAGUAACAGAAUUCUUCGAAGGGACCUCAGUUGUUGCUGUUACCUUGGACGAUGGAAAGACCCAGAACAUAGAACUAGGAAAACAAGGAAUUCAGUUUGUCCCUCAAAAGCAAAUGUGAUAAUUUUAAUAUUGGAUUGGAUGUUACUUGUAUAUUGGAGGAUUUCAGGGUUUUAGGGUGGUCCAGUUGCAGCUCUCCAAGAAGACAGACAGGUCUAUUUCUUUUGGUCUCACAAACUUCUCCAUCUUGUUGAGGUCAUUGACCAUCAUUUCUAUGUUGCUUUUCGAGUUUCUAGUUUUCUUAUGUAAAUGUUUAAAAAAAAAAGAAUGUUUUCUUAUGUAGUUAAGUUCAGAAUGCAUGUUUUGGGCACUCUUUUUAGAUGCUUAAACUCUAGUUGGGACUGUAAAUUUGGUUAGCAAUGACUAAUGAGAGCCGCUGCAAUACUCCAAUUGAUAUACUAUGUAGUUAUAAUUUAAAGCUUGGAUGGACAUUUAUUUUAAA